AUGUCCGUCAAGGAAUUCACCUACCAGGAUGUUGCCGAGCACAACACCAAGAAGGAUCUCUACCUCGUGAUUCACGACAAGGUCUACGACUCAACCAAGUUCAUUGAUGAGCAUCCUGGUGGUGAAGAGGUUCUACUAGACGUCGGUGGUCAAGAUGCGACCGAGGCUUUCGAGGAUGUCGGACACAGCGACGAGGCCCGGGAAACCCUCGAGAAAUUCUACGUCGGCAACGUGAAGCGCAAGCCUGGUGACCCUACCCCUAAGGCUCACGCUUCCGCCGUUGCUCCUCCCGCCGACACAAGCGGCGCCGGCAUGGGCACUGCCCUGUACGCCUUCGUCUUCAUCGGUGGUCUUGCCGCCUACUUCGGCUACCAGUACCUCCAGAGCCAGGAGUCCCAGUCGUAA